AUCGGCACUACCCCACGUAUGUGCAACAUGAUGUCUUGAAACAUGCGUCUCCUCGCUGGUCCGCCGUAGUGAUUAGAAACUCUCACCUUCCAACACAACCCACAUUUCCAGGCCGAGCAACCCGAAAAUCACGUCCAACCCAUCGACCACAAUGGACAAGAUACUGCACAAGCUAAAGCCAAACAAGCACCUCGAUGCCCGCGCCCUCCUAGUCUUCAAGCGCCUCCAACGUUUCUACAACACGCUCAACGUAGUCGCUGCAUUAGUAGCCGGGCUAUCGCUAGCCGUACUAACAUUCGAUGAGUUCCACCCAGCACAAUCGGGCCUUGUGCGCGCCGCCGAAGGACUACUAUGUAGCUCGGCGUUGGGUUCCGUGACAUCGGUAAUGACGUCGAUAAUGCUUCUCUUCAAAUUCGAAGGCCAGGAUACUGCGACACGCAAGGAUUUGACGGUCGCGUGGACACCGUUGGUUCUGUUGGACUUUGCUAUUGUGGAGUAUCUGUUUGGUAUGGUGUUAUGGUACGCGGGCAAGAACAACGAGUGGAGAACUGCGCUGAUUAGCUCGCAAUUGGCGUUUCUGUUGGGAUUCUGUGUAUGGUUAUCUUUUUGGAUGUGGAGCACUAUGAGUGGCGAUGGGGGGUUGGGUGAAGAAGAGAUGAUAGUGGCCGCUCGGGGAAAGCGUGCCGCAGACAGCUAAGGGUUGGAGGCUGCCUCACAGACGCGACAAUUUACGCCAGGAGCUUUACGCUUCGAGGCGAGAGCACACACACCUGCAAGCAAGAAAUGAAGCGAAUCGCGAAACGAACGUUGCGCGCCGACGGGUGGUGAAUUGUAUGAAUGGUGAUGAUGAUAAUAAUGAUAAUAGAAGUUUGCUGGGUGUUGAAAGGCGUAUGAGGAGAGGAGACGGGAGGGCGGCCAGAGCUGGGGUAAGACUAUCACAGGUGGUAAUGGAUUUCAUGAUGGUUACCUACGUGUAGACAGAUCGCGAAUUACGGAAGCGGAGGUGAUUCGAUAGUAAGAGCACACCUCCAUGGGAACGGGAUGACCUUAAGCAGACUGUGCUAUUACUUCUAUAAUCGCAUUCCAAUGAAAUCAUCUUGCG